AUGGAACACGGUUCUCGCCUCUUUCAGUCGGCCUCUAAAAGGAGUUGGAACAUCCAAAAAUAUUUAGUUGUUCCACUGGCCUUUCUGAAAAAAGAUUCGUUAUCUUUUCCGCCUUCUGAUGAGGAGAUGUGCUCGUUAUUGCUUAACUCUACAAAUAAACUCAAUGCUAAAACAAGAACGCAUUUUUCUCCUUCUCCAUUUGGGCUAUAAAGUUGAGUGUCUCCUAGUGAUGCUCGGGAGAAGAAAAAACCCGGGAA